AUGGCCACCGAAGAGCAAGACUUCCCGAGUGAAGAUACUACGCAAGCUAAAGAGACCUCGCCGCUCUUGAGCAAAGCGAGUGACCGUAGGACGUCGACAGAUAUUGCAGAAUCCAGCAGGACCGAAAGUCAUGGUUAUGUCAAACCAGAAGAACUAUCGGCCUCACAGCUCGCAGCAAUACUAUGCAGCACAUAUCUCGGCAUCGUCCUCGCAGCAUUGGAUGGCACGAUGGUCGCAACUCUCACCGCCUCGAUCAGUGCUUCCUACCACUCCCUCACUCUCCUCGCCUGGCUUGCCUCAUCCUACUACAUCGCCAACUCCGUACUCCAGCCACUAUCUGGCAAGCUCACAGACAUAUACGGAAGGCGGGCAGGUCUCGUGUUCUCGAACCUCUUCUUCGGCGUCGGCAACCUGAUCUGUGGUCUCGCUACAAAUGAGUCUUUGAUCAUCUUCGGGAGAGUCAUCGCUGGCUUAGGAGGUGGGACAUUGUCGGCUAUCCCACUCUUCAUCGCCAGUGACUUGGUGCCGCUUCGCAAGAGAGGAGUCUGGCAGGGCUACAACAACAUCUGCUAUGGCAUUGGGGCAGGCCUUGGUGGUGUCUUCGGAGGCUGGAUGAACGACAUUCUGAAUUGGCGCUGGGCAUUCCUCGCUCUCGUACCGAUGACGGUGAUUUCGAGCAUCCUGGUCGGCCGCUUCGUCAACAUGCCAGAGAUUGUUGUGUAUACCAAGCAAGAAAAGGAUGCCAAAUGGAAGCGGAUUGACUUCCUUGGAUCGUCCACCCUAGUCAUGGCAAUUGUACUUCUCCUGGUCGGCCUCAAUAGUGGCGGCAACACGGUCGGCUGGACACAUCCAACAGUCCUCCUGACCCUGCCACUGAGUGGCGUAUUUCUCGGGCUCUUUGUUUACACCGAAGUCUACAUCGCCGUGGAGCCUGUCAUUCCUGUCCACCUCUUCCGCAACCCAACAGUGGUAGCCGGAUGUCUGACCAACUGGUUCCUGACCAUGGCACAGAUAGCGCUGACCUUCUACGCUCCCAUCUACUUCCAGGUUCGGGGACAUUCUGCCUUCGGUGCAGGCAUCCGCCUUAUACCAUCCAGCGUUGGGGCGGCUUGUGGAUCCAUCCUGGUCGGUAUCUUCAUGCGAGCCACUGGGAAGUACUAUGUCCUCAACAUAAUCAUCCAAGCUCUCUUCCUCAUCCCUAUGGCGCCCACAGCACAAUUCGGCUUGCACACACCGGACUGGCAACCGUUCAUCUACUUCUUCUUCUCCGGCUUUGCAUACGCCGGCAUGCUCACGAUCACCGUCACAGCUCUCAUCGCUUCAGUCGAGCAGCAAUACCACGCAGUCGUCACAUCCGCAGCAUUUGCCUUUCGUGGCACCGGCUCGACGAUUGGAAUCACGAUUUGUUCCCUCGUGUUCCAGAACAAGCUCAGGCAAGAGCUGUGGAGUCGCUUCCAGUAUGAUCAUGAUGGGGCACGAAUUGUUGAAAGAGUGCGAGAUUCGUUGAAGGAGAUUCGGUAUCUGCCGAAGGAUAUGGCUGAUGAUGCUCGAGAAUCGUACAUGGAGGCCCUGACAGCUGUCUUCUGGACUAUCUUUGCGCUUGCUGCGGUUGGUGCUGUGUGCAGUCUGUUUAUGAGGCAGCACACGCUGCAUACUGAUCUGGCGAGGAGGCGGACGUGA